AUGUCGGCCCUCCACCGACAGUGCGACAGUCCAGUCAACCGCAGUAGUGAUGAACACUCGAACAAUCCGGCCCCCCUCGACAAUCUCAACGUUACUUUGCUCGUUGCCCGACCGCCCGACAGUACCAUGAAUGAGGGCGGGGAGGCCAGCGCUCCUUGUCCCCCCCACUGCCCCGUUGUACGGCCCGCCCGCCCUGGUCCCCUGCUCAUCUAUCCGGGCGACCUCAUCGGCCACGGCAAGCUUCGAAAUCUGGCUCUUCCGCCCCACGCUCGAGAUCCGAACAUCAAAUUUCACGACCUGUAUGAUCAACUAGCCAGCAUUAACUGUGCGGGCUUGGUUCUCAACGACUGCAUCCCAGGAGCAGAACCGGACUUUGAGCGCUGGGGACUUCCAACAGACGGCCUCUGGCGGCCCCUCUUCGGGCUCUGGACUUGCGAGCAUGCCUUCAAUUCGGAGCAGCAAGACCGGGUUGCCGACGCUGUACAGCACCUGCUGAGUACAACACGCGCCCGUCUUCCCUUCAACACUGGGCUGGAGCCCCUACCUCCUCACCAUGUCCGAAAGGCGACGUUUGGGUUGCGCUCCCGUGUGGAGCAGCUUCUUCAUCACACGAGCGACUGGAUCAGACGGUUUGAUCCACUAGCGAGCUGGCGUUGCACGACUACCGUGCUGGUGACAGAGGGCAGUACCGAUUGGACCCGAGAUGCGGACCAGCUUUCCCAGGACUAUACUCUGGUGUUCUGCAUCAACAGCAAAUACAAGCUUCACUAUCGGCUCCCAGAUGAGUCGGAAUAUUGCGUCCUGAUGGAGCCCGGUACCGUGGUUGGCUUCCUCGGCGGAGUUUUCGAGUACAGGCUAGAGGAGGGUCUCUCUUUGCCCGGCGCGAUUGGACCGGGCUGUUUCUUCACUUGCUACACGAGCAAGACCAUGUUCGGCGAUGGCGGUUCGUUCCCAAUGCCGCACCCGGAGAUGCACAUCCAUCCGAAACAAGAUGUGCGCCCAGCGGUUCUUGCCGCCGAACCUCGAAGGUCGCCGGAGCCGAAUCUAAUCACCCCGAGGUCUUCCAAACGGUUGAAAGUGGCCCAUCAGCGGCGGGAAGAACGUGAAAUCGAGGAACCGCAGCCCUUGCCCGAAGUCCGCGUCAUCGACGGGAAGGGCAAGCGGUUCCUACGCUCAGCGACGAUGCUGUUUUACCCUACCCCUACCCCGACGACGAACCCGAAUACAGCGGUGCACCGCUGCAUCUACGACCUGGACCCUCUCACUUGGCCGAAGUUCACAGUAGCGCACAUCACGACGGCGUAUGGGCAAAAGAAAGCUGAUCCCUUGAUGCAGGCGGCCAACAAGCUUCGAGCGCCGGAGGAGCGUAGACAAGUGGAGCCUCAGAUCGAGAAAGCGUUGGGGACGCUACGAGUAUCGCCUCAGAUCGAGACAGCGUUGGAGACGCUACGAGUAUCUCUUAACUCGCUGUUGAAACACACCGUGUUUACUCUCAGCCAGAUCGACCUGCCUACUGUGCAUCGCAUGCGACACCGACAUAUGCACUACUGCGCUACUGAGCCAUGGUACGAGCAUCAAGCAACGACCACCACGUUUUCAGUUUCCAGUGGUGCCGCCGACAGUGGUGCCGCCGACUGGACACGAGGCGACGAUCACUCGUCGGAGGAUUACACGUUGCUCUUCUGUCCAAGUGGGGACUGCCGGCUACACCUGCGCACACCAGACGCCACGGACGUGAUCGAGGUUAAGUGGGGCACCGUAGUCGCAUUCCUGGGCGAAUUGUACGAGUAUCGUGUCGAGACAGCCUGA